CACAGCCGAUGCCAGCUUCCGAAGCUCUCUCGCCCCAAGCUUCCUCUCCUCUCCGACAUCGUCUGUCGUGCAGUGCUUAUGGCAACGCGCUUCCGAAAUAAUCACCAGCAUUUGGUUCCGAAAGCGUAGGUCUUUCUGCUCCUGAACAUCUAUUCCACUUACUCUAAUCCGACCUUCGUCGUUGUACACUACACCUUUUCUCAAUCUCAGGAACAAACACGCGUGAGAGCUGCAACGCAUAGCUACUGAACAAUCAUAUAAGACCGCGAUAUGGCGCUGCAAAAAGGUCUCAAGAAUAUCCUCAGCAAGAAUGCCGACGACAUCGUGAUUCUUUCUGCUCUCCGCACACCCGUCACACGAGCGAAGAAGGGCGGCUUCAAGGACGCCCACGACCACGAGCUGCUUUCACACGUACUGAAGGCGACCCUUCAAGCACACCCAAACCUCGACCCCACGAAAAUCAACGAUGUUCAGAUUGGCACAGUUCUCUCAGAGCUGGGUGGUAGCAAAGCAGGACGAAUGGCAGCAAUUCAUGCUGGAGUGCCCGAGACUACAACUUUCCAGACCGUGAACCGAGCAUGCUCAAGUGGGUUGGCAGCAAUCACAGGCAUAGCCAACUCCAUCCGAGUUGGAGAAAUCGAUGUAGGGAUUGGUGGCGGAAUGGAAAGCAUGACGAGGAAUUAUGGUUCGCGAGCUAUUCCAACAUCCCUCUGGAAUGAGCUGAAAGAGUCGCCGAGCAAGGAUGCGAGGGAUUGUAUCAUGAGCAUGGGAAUCACAGCCGAGAAUGUCGCGGAACGAUAUGGUGUGUCACGGAAAGAGCAGGACGAGUUCGCUGUUGCUUCACACGUCAAAGCUGCGAAGGCACAGAAGGAAGGGCUGUUCGACGCGGAGAUUGUGCCGGUCAAGACGAGGACUGUACCUGAUCCUGAGCACCCGGAAGUCAGCGAGGAAGUUACAGUGUCCAAGGACGAUGGCAUUCGUGCGGGCAGCACAGUGGAGAAGCUGGGAACGAUGAAGCCUGCUUUCAAAGCUGAUGGAGCCACAACCGCUGGAAACAGCUCACAGGUCAGCGACGGUGCGGCUGCCGUGCUCAUGAUGCGUCGAUCCACAGCGACAGAACUUGGUCUUACAUCCUCGAUCAUCGGCAAGUGGGCUGGCACACAAGUUGUAGGCUGUAAACCCGACGAGAUGGGUAUCGGGCCUGCUUUGGCGAUUCCUAAGCUUUUGAGCCACACUGGUGUCUCAAAAGAGGACAUUGGUAUCUGGGAGAUCAACGAGGCUUUUGCAUCGCAAGCAGUCUACUGUGUACGGGAAUUGGGCAUCGACCAGGGAAAGGUCAACCCCAAGGGUGGUGCUAUCGCUCUGGGACAUCCUCUUGGUGCGACGGGCGCAAGACAGUUGGCUACACUAUUGCCUGAGCUCGCGAGACAAGGGCAAGAAUUGGGCGUUGUUAGUAUGUGCAUCGGAACCGGUAUGGGUAUGGCUAGCUUGUUUGUUAGGGAGUAGAUCUAAGCGGGCCGUAAAAUGUAAAGAUGAUAACUUCAUUCGCGGG